AUGGCUUUGCUUGUUGUAGGAACUGACACGAAGUGGGCCAAUCUGCAACUGACGCUGACCUUCACUUGGCUGAUGCGGGCGAAACUCGUUACCGUAAAAGAGGAGAUCUACGAAAUUGAAAAACUCUGUCCUCUCUCGCAAACAGCAAGAGAUCUUCUUUCAUCGGAAGGGCUGUUAGCGCACCUUCAGUGCGGCGGCGAGGCGUCACGUUGGGAGGGCGAGGAAGCGGUGACUGGAUGGACCGGAUCAGCUUCGUUCCUUCCGCUGAGUGACAGUAGUGACGACGGUAGUCGUACUUAUGCAUGGGCUCAACACCUUGGUGGUCUCCAGUGUCUCCCUCAUCUCGAAUCCGCUCUUGAUGCCCUCUCCUAUCCCUCUACUUCCUCUGUCGCUGCGUCGACAUCUGCAACCUCGUCUGAGCCCUUUGGAUUCAUCGACUCCUGGUUUACGGCCAUUUGUCGACGUCUUGAGUCUCGCAUGUCCCUCAAUGCCGAGGUUUCUUUUUUACCUCAACUCUUACACCUUAAUGCUGAAACAUGA